UCCGGAUUGGGCCCAAGUGAAGUGACGAGGAGGAUGGAAUCGGUGCGGAAGGCGAACCAGAGAUUGCGCAACUAUCCGGUGCUGUUGGCCAAGUGUUCGGUGGCGGCCGCCGCGUACGCCACGUGUGUGACCACGGAUUUGAACGUGGCCCAUCGGGUGUGCGAGAAGGAGUUUCAGCAGUUUCAGCAGUGUUUGCAGAAGGCCGCCCGGGAAAUGGGCACGAAGCUGUGAAAUUGUUUUGUGGACAAUGCGUUUUUAGUGAAUAGUGAACGAUUAUUUAGACUAACAGUUUAGGUGGGGUAAAACGAAAGAAAGCAAUCUACUAACAACUUAUCAUUGUAAUAAAUUUA